GGGCACUGCAAUAAGUUGAGUGAGACAUCCGCCAGAUAGCGGAUGUUCAAUUAGACAUCAUUCCGUAAUUGAAUGAGGGACUGUCCCUGAACUGGGCGCGCAUAACAACAUGAUCGGAUCUUUCACUCUCGGCCCCCCUCCCCAAGUUUCAAUCACUCCACCAUGUCGAUGACAACCCCGGCUGCGGGCAAGCUCACGCUGCUCAACAAGUUAUCAUGCGCCAUCUUCGGGAACGUAUACAAUCCCCAGGGACUUCGCACGGGCAACAAAAUCCUUCGUCAGCGCCUUGUCGGACCAACUGUCAACUCAUACUACCCCAAUGUCAAGCAGAUCAGGUUGCGUGAGAUCACAAGGAUGGCACCCGAGAUGAAUCUGGUUGACCAGGCGGAGAAGGUCCGUCUGGAGGAUCUGGCGGAGCGCAAGAAGCGUGGAAAGGGACCCCCCAAGAAAGGUCAAGGUCGUCGUUCGACUCUCAAGAAGAAGUAGUAGUAGAGAAGGCCCUUACUGGAGCACAUCCAGGACUCGUUUGGAUGGCAUGCUGCCGUUUCCUCUUAGCUGUCUUGGUGCUUCAUCAAAUGUGGAGACGGAUCUCUGCUAUAGCAUCUGGCACCUCAGAUGGACUUGCCAUGCAUGCGGCAGUUGUAUAAUACCAAUAAAGAACUAUCUUAUAC